UUUUGGAAUUCUACAUCGUGUCGGUGUGUGCUCCCCUCUACCUGGCCGUGGCAUUCUGGUGACCCCGACGUGAUCCCAGGACGGACAAGCGGACGAGAGAAGGUAGAGAUCCCGGCUGCUCGAGAGAGGCAGGACUUAACGCAGAAAUUCGUGGCCACGGCUGACCGGAAAGGACAAACCACUUUGGGUUCCUGCAAAGUGGGUUCGUCCCCUACUCGAACAGAAGACGGAUGAUCAGAGCGUUACACCAGCUGACAGAGACUGAUGUGGAAAGAGUAAAUCACAAAAUACAAUUAUUGUUGAUUCCACGAUUGCAGCUGUUGAAAGGACACUCAUGUGCCCUAGAUCGGCACAUUCAAUGGUGUUGAACACUACAUAACUUUGUUGACUUGAUUGAAGCAGUGCAUGCAUUUCAUUAUAAGGGACCUGGUUCGCAGUGUGUCGGCUGUAACCAAUGGGGUUGUAGUGCAUGGGUUGCCUUUCAUUGUGGAGGGUGUAAAAAGAAACAGUGGGUCCAUCAGUCCCUGUUGUUACAACUAUGGUGUGGUAGUUGUUGGUUUCAGUAUUGGUUCACAUCGUGGGAAAGGGAAAUGCAGGAAAAACUGAACCUCAGCUUACCUGAAGCAUUGCAAUUAUUUGAAUGCCCAGAACAAAAGGUGCUAGCAUAUCAUAGGUGGGACUUAGACCGGCAGAUUGAGCGACUGAGGAAACAAAGCAACUGUCACAUAAUAACAGCCAGAUGUAUUGGCAGAGUUCCUUUGUCACUUCAUUCUAUAGUUGGCCCAUUUGAGGAAAACGCAGAAAGAGAAUUAGAUCUGUGUAUUUUAGCGCUACAGAGGUGUAAAGUAAGACCAGGUGCAAGACUCAGAAAGAAGAAAGAUAGAAAGAAAAGAUGAUAGCGCUGUGGGUAAUUUGGAUUUCUGUAAGUAUGGCAUGGAUACCCCCUCAACCAAAACAAACAUUUGGGUUACUAUGGAAAACUUAACUAAUCAAGACUCUAUUUGCUUGUCCUUGUCUACACCGGGCAAUCCAUUUUCAACCUGUUUAGUGGGAUUGCCUACAGAUUUUUGGCCUUGUCCUAGCUCCACUCCUACUUGUAACAGCAGUGACUUAAAUACAACUGUAGAUGGAUGGGAUCAGUGGGCUCCAUAUUUGCCCAAAGCCAACCAGAAGCCACAAGAAUUAGAUUUAUUAGGCUCAGUGAAAAUGGACGUUUGUGUGUAUUUUAAUCAUAGUAGCAGAACACAAACGGGAGUGAAUCACACCACUGUAGUUAACUCCAGUUUGCCUAUGUAUAGGAAUGGCUUUUUUUGGUGUAAAUAUGAAAGUACAAACACAUCUAUUUCUUCCAAUAAUCUUAUUCAGUUGCCUCAGGGCUACUUUUUAAUAUGUGGGGACCGUGCUUGGCCAGGAAUCCCUUCACGGUUGAGAGGUGGACCAUGUUCUAUAGGGAGACUAACAUUAUUAACGCCAAACAUGUCGAUGAUAUUAAACAUGAGCCGUCACCAUCGUAGGGAUAAAAGAAUGACACAUACCUUUACCAAGGAAUGUAAGGAUAAUGUUGAAUUUUGGUCUCCAGAAGCUAUUGUAGCCGCAUCCUUUUUAGCUCCGGGGGUAGCCUCUGCAGGAGCUCAUGCCACCUUAAGGAAGUUGGGCUGUUGGCUAGCUAAACAAACAAAUGUUACUUCACUAGCCUUAGCAAAAUUAUUGUUAGAUUUUGAUUCAGUUAGACACUCUACUUUGCAAAAUAGAGCAGCUAUUGAUUUUUUGCUUUUAGCACAAGGGCAUGGGUGUGAAGAAAUUGAAGGGAUGUGUUGCAUGAAUUUUUCUGACCGUUCAAAAUCAAUUCAUGCACAAAUACAAAAACUGUAUGAACUAACAGGACACCUACAAAGACAGGAAGGUCUAGGGUUAGAAGGUUGGUUGCAUUUGUUAGGAAUUACUGGAUGGUUAAAGAGUUUUAUUAUGAUGCUUGUUGGGCCGGUGAUUAUAAUUUUGCUUUGCUUGCUUUUUGGACCAUGUUUAUUGCAGUGUAUUAUGAAUCGAUUGCAACAGAUGACUGAUGCUUUAUUUGAAAAAAGAGGGGGAGAUGUCGGGGGACGAUCUUGGGCAGUGGGACAGGUUUACAGUAAGCUGUAGGGACAUCCUCUCCUUGAACCUAAGUAUGAGGAGGUGAUAAGCGAGAAGCUGGCAAGCAAGAGAUGUAAAACAGGAUGCUGAAAACCGCAAGGCAAAAACAAAAUGCUUAAGCAGCGCAGAUGUAACUAGCCAAUUAGAAAUUGAUAAGGACGCGUGCAUGCCUCGUGCACAAAGCGGGCCCUCCAAUUAUAUUUUGCGUGAUCGCGUGUACGGAAAAGGAAAACAUUAUAAGAAUACGAGCUUUGUAAACAAUAAACGGAGCUUUUUGGAAUUCUA